CUUUCUCCUUUCUCAUCAGUUUGUCCAAACACCAAGGAACAGCUUCUUCAAUCAUCAUCAUGACUUCUUUUGCUUAUGAAGACCCUAAGCACACCUCCAAAAGAUGUAGAUUUUUUACUUCAGCCCUGAAGGAUGCAAUUUUCCAUUGUCACAGCAGCUUCCAUGGAAGGCCUUCUUCUUCAAGCCUGGAAGAUCAGAAGUAUAUAGCCAACGAUAUUAAUGAGGAGCAAGAAGUAAUAGUUCUGGAAAUCUGCAGCCGGGCCAUGGAGGCAAAGCUGAAACGUAAGGGUGGUUGUAUGACAGAGAGCCUCCGUUGGGUCUUUUCUCCAACCACAGGAGAAAUGUUCAUGGCUCCAAAGGACAUGCACGAUCUAGAUGAUAACAAAGAUGAAGACGAUGAAGAGAUAGAAACCUUUUUCUCUGUCGAGAGUUGCUUCACUCGCUGUUCAAAUGCAAGUAAAGAAAUUCUUUUGGCCGCCAGUAGCUGCUUCUCUGGUUGUUCAAGCAUGAGUAAGAUAAAGCUUGGCGACCUCCGGAGGCAUUCUAUGAUUCAGGAAUUCUACCAUUGUGAAGGGUGGCCGUUUGGUCUCUACAGAAACAUUGUUUUGCUUCCACCUCUUCCUACAUCUCCAUCAGAAUCUUGGUCGUGGCAAAGAGGCAACCGGACCAUGAAGAUGCAUUGAUAUUGUAGAUGAUGAUUCUACUUCUUUUUCUUUCUCUUUUUCUCCUUAGUGGUUAAAUUUGUCACUUAAAAGUAACUUUCAUCUUCUUCGUCAUAUAAACAUGUAAUUCACAUAUUGAUACAAAGAUAUUAUAGAAUAAA